GCCCCGCUCUCAGGCCUCCCCGCCUCUAACCCACGGCGGACAGGUGGACCGUGGCAAGAGGGCGGGGCAAGGGGAGAAGCAUUGCAUGCUGGGAACGGUAGUCCCAGCUCGGCCAGCCCCGGGCCGCCUUGCCGGUACUGGGACUACCAAUCCCAACAAGCUGCGCGCUGCGCAGGUCUUCCGGUCUGGCGUCUGACGUCUUACCCGCUACAGAAUCGGAAGUUCUGGGCCGCCGUUGAGUGAAAAUGGGCAACGGCGGGCGGAGCGGGCUGCAGCAGGGGAAGGGGAACGCGGAAGGGGUGGCAGCGACUCCUACUGCUGCUUCGGCCUCCUGCCAGUACAGGUGCAUCGAAUGCAACCAGGAGGCCAAAGAGUUGUACCGAGACUAUAACCACGGUGUGCUGAAGAUAACCAUCUGUAAAUCCUGCCAGAAACCUGUAGACAAAUAUAUCGAGUAUGAUCCUGUUAUCAUCUUGAUUAAUGCUAUAUUAUGCAAAGCUCAGGCCUACAGACAUAUUCUUUUCAAUACUCAAAUAAAUAUCCAUGGAAAACUCUGCAUAUUUUGUUUGCUUUGUGAAGCAUACCUGAGGUGGUGGCAGCUUCAAGAUUCCAACCAGAAUACUGCCCCUGACGACUUGAUCAGAUAUGCUAAGGAAUGGGAUUUCUAUAGAAUGUUUGCGAUUGCUGCUUUAGAACAAACUGCCUAUUUUAUUGGCAUUUUUACCUUCCUGUGGGUACAACUGCCCAUGACGGUGAAAGAAAAGCCCAGCUUCAUUUUGCUGCUGAAAGCAUUAUUAUUAUCCAGCUACGGAAAACUCUUGCUGAUUCCAGCUGUCAUUUGGGAACAUGACUACACACCUCUGUGCCUCAAACUCAUCAAAGUAUUUGUUCUUACAUCAAAUUUUCAGGCAAUUAGAGUGACCCUAAACGUCAAUCGAAAGCCCUGCUUCUUGGCCGUGUUGAGUGGCUUACUGCUGGAAAGCAUCGUGGUCUACUUCUUCCAGAGAGUGGAAUGGGAUGUUGGAAGUGAUUAUGCCAUCUAUAAAUCUCAGGACUUCUGAAGAGGUCCUGCAGGGCCUUCCUCUCCACCGAACCAGAUACAGUCAGCUUUGCCUCUCCAUGGAAUAAGUGAAGACUCUCCAAAAACUCCAGUUGGCAGUGCUUACUCCUCCCAUUGACCUCAUUGAACACCUACAGCAGUCACAUGCCCAAGAGCUUCUGACAUUGUCUCAGGGUCAGAUCUUUUGUUUCUUCUUUCAUAAGUGCAUCUGCUUGUCCAACAGUCAAUUAUAAUUUAUAGUUGGGAAAAUAAGGUCACUUAUCUUUAAUCACUUGAAAGCCAUCACCCUGUUUUUUAUUAUCUCAUGUUUUAUACUUACCUGUCUGGUAUUAAAAUUUCAUGUGUUUAUGCCACACUCCCCAACCCUGGUCAGAGGUCUGGUGCUGGGAGAGGCAUGCCUUGGGUUCCUUUGUAUCUACCUUAACUCAGGGCCUGCCCUAGUAAGUGUCUGUCAGUUUGAUUUUCAGCAGAAUGUGCCGUUCUAAAUACAUCCUU